GCCGCGCCCGCCCGGCCCGCGCCCAUGCAGGCCAUCAAGUGCGUGGUGGUCGGCGACGGCGCCGUGGGGAAGACCUGCUUGCUGAUCAGCUACACGACCAACGCCUUCCCGGGAGAGUACAUCCCCACCGUUUUCGACAACUACUCUGCCAACGUGAUGGUGGACGGGAAGCCGGUCAACCUGGGGCUGUGGGACACCGCCGGGCAGGAGGACUACGACCGGCUGAGGCCACUGUCCUAUCCCCAAACUGACGUCUUUCUGAUCUGCUUCUCUCUCGUGAGCCCGGCGUCCUUUGAGAAUGUUCGAGCCAAGUGGUACCCCGAGGUGCGACACCACUGCCCCCACACGCCCAUCCUCCUGGUGGGCACCAAGCUGGACCUCCGUGACGACAAGGACACCAUUGAGCGGCUGCGGGACAAGAAGCUGGCGCCCAUCACCUACCCCCAGGGCCUGGCCAUGGCCCGGGAGAUCGGCUCUGUCAAGUACCUGGAGUGCUCAGCCCUCACUCAGCGGGGCCUGAAGACCGUGUUUGACGAGGCCAUCCGGGCUGUGCUCUGCCCACCCCCUGUGAAAAAGCCCGGGAAGAAGUGCACGGUCUUCUAGAGCCAGCUUCUGGAGGAGCGACCCCGCCCGGGCCCGUGCUUGCUGUCGUGUCGAGAUGUUUGGUGUCCCUGAGUCUGCUGUGGGGGAGUGGUGUGGGUGGGGAGGGGGAAGAAGCAUGGGGACAGGGCUGGGGCCGUGGAGUCCUGUCUGCUCUGUCUUGUCCUUCUGGGGUACAGCUCCAGCUUUACCUGGCCCCCACGGGAGGCUGGAAGGGAGCAGGGUCUCCCUCGGGCUGCAGGGGCAGGUCCAGGGCAGCCCCAGGACGGGCUUCCUGGUGGGGGAGGUUGGGGGGAUGGGUCCGGUUCAUGCGCCCCAGGAUGGGGCAGCCCUUUCUUCUUUUAUACAAUAAACAUUCUCCACCACCAUC